AUGGCCACAACUUUUGAUUCUAAUGUAUUAACUAUGAAUGGUGUUGCUCAACCAUUUGAUUAUUAUUGUGUAUUAGAUUUUGAAGCUGUCUGUCAUCAAGCUAAUCCUGGUUCAAAACGGUUCUCACCGAAUGAUAUUUGGGAAAUAAUUGAAUUUCCUAUUUGUUUAUUAGAAGCAAAAACGAAUACAAUCAUUGAUAUUUAUCAUAGUUAUGUACGCCCAACAAUUCAACCUCGUUUAAAUGAUAUUUGUAUUGGUAUUACUGGUAUUACUCAAGAUAUAGUUGAUAAUUCUCCUACAUUCGAUAUUGUAUGGAAUGAUGUUCAAAAAUUUUUAGUAAAACAUUCAUUGAUUUCUUUGACAGAAAAUAAAUCAAAUCUUUAUAGUUUUACAUGGAUAACAUGUGGAAAUUGGGAUUUAAAAACGAUGUUACCAUUACAAUUGAAACACUCUGGUUUUGAUCGACCAACAUUUAUUAAUAAUUUUAUUAAUUUAAAAGAUUUAUAUAUGGAAUAUUAUCCAUCUAGUCGAAUUAGAGGAAUGAAAGAUAUGUUGAAAAAAUCGAAUUUAAUCUUAGAAGGAAAACAUCAUUCUGGUAUUGAUGAUACGAAAAAUAUAACAAAAAUAGCUCAAUGGUUAAUUCAAAAUAAUAAAAUACUCAAAUUAACAUAUCGAGCAAUCAAAUGA